GGUAGAGCUAGAGAGAAAAGCACGGUUGCAAAAAGGGAACCUUCAAUAGUCCGCUCAUCGUUUCGUAACAGUCAGGAAACGGUAAAGCGAGAAGGCAAUCGUUACUCAUCAAAAUGGUGCUUUUUGCGCGUUCCGUGCUCUUCGGUGGCGGUCUCAUCUUUCUCGUAAAUUCUGCGGGCGGUCGUGCAGGAGCAGCCUCGGGGCGGGACGUUCAGGCACACUAUGAUGCAGAAAGAUCGAAGGCCUCGAAAGAAAUGGUAGAUGGUGCAGUUUUUCUUCAGGCGGGAGGGCGAAGGGUAGCGCAAAUUACCUCCUGUCCCGCGUGAGCCCUAAACGCACUGCCGAAGCUGAAAGAAUUUUUGAAGGAUGAGGAGAGGAAAAGAGGCGUUUCUCAGUACCCAGGUGUGGUGCUCAAUUGGCAUCGAGGAGAAAAACCGCGGAUGGACAUAAUCGAGGUACUAGUUACCACAGUUACUAGUCCUGGACUCAACAUAGUCCUCGGUUUUAUAACACAUAGUUAAAAUGCAGUAAGUAGUACUUACUUUAUUCUGCUGAAAAAGACAAAUCAAGGUCAUUACGAUCGUUCCAUUAGCACGUACUAGCAGUAGUAUCAUGUGUGUUAUUUUUGUUAUAGUCUUCGUCCCCUUGAUUUUGUAUUUGUUUUUCCAAACUUCGUACUAACCAAAAGUGUCUGUUCAUGUGAAACUACAAGACAGGCGAAAGAAGCCCACGGUGGACUCCCGAAAGCUGCUGUUUCUGAAACCUUACACUUGUCGAAGUUUACAUUUACCGACAUGCACCUUCUGCUGCUAUGCAAGGGCUUUCUGCGUGUGCGCUCGCAGUCUGCAGAUGCCGACGACGACGAUACAGGGGAUCUUGAGGUAUACUCCGCUAGUAGUAGCACCAGCAAUGACCGGCAGAGGGUAUGCGACUCUUUCCGGCAGAAGUAUCCAGAAGACUUCAACAAGGCCGAUGAGCGUUUGACACUGUUGGCACCGAUUCAAAAAGUUGUACCAACCGAUCUGUUAGAGCAGUUGCGAAAUGCAGCGAGGAAUAAAGUCGGUGAGGUUUUCGGACGUGGAGCGGGUGCAGCACUGACAUCCCUUUUUCAUCGAUUUGUCGGGGCAACACCUCAACAAAGAGCUUCCGUAUCAACAAAUGCCGGCUCUACAGCUUCAGGGACACCGCAAGAAAGUGCAAUUUCUUCGCAAGGCGAGAACUCCGAGACAUCUGCGUCAAGCGGAAAAUCGCAAGAAAGCUUAACAUCGUCAGAGUCCUAUGGCAUCUCAACAGCUGCGACGCCUACGUCGUCGUCGAUCGCAUUAUUCGGAUCACUAUGGGAGCUCAUCUUUCUCGGAUGUAUGUUGUCUUCGCUGUAUGUCUGCUACCAAUACGGGGAUCGAGCGAUGGUACGUCUGGGAAGGCGCUCCGCUUCGCGUAAAAAAGAGGAAGAGGUGCAGGAGCUAGCAGAAUACACCGUAAUCGGAUAUCCGUCAAUUUCCGGAAGGCCUACCGGUGACAGUUUUACUGGAACAAGCGUCGCCGCGGACCACGAGGGCAGUAAGUAUAUCGGACUUGGAGCUGGAAGCUAUGACCGCGACGAAAGUCCCCAUGCAAAUUUGAUUUAGUGAAAAUUCGUUUGUCUAGUACGUGCACAAGGUCCUGCUCUGUGGAGGAGAUCGAGGUGGGCAAGAGUGUAAAUCUUUGGAAGUUUUUUGAUGAAAUUUGAAGUUUGUUUUUAAGCUGGAGCAGAAUUCGGAUGUGGAUUGUCGUGAAUAAUAUUUAUAAGAAAAGGACCGGAGCUACAACAAGGAGGACACCAAUAGAGUCGGCAAUUAUAUAUACAGCAGGCAUACUCUUGCACAGCAGUACAUGAUAAAGUACAGCGCCUCUUUCCGGUAGGGCUUGCAAAUGUUGUGACUUCGCGUUGUAGGGCAGUAGAAGUUGUAUAGCAGCGCUAAGCUAGCCAAGUAUCGCAGAGUGGGCUAUUCUUCUUCUUGGCUAUGUUUUGUGCCUGUUGCCCUGCGUUCGUGAUUGAUUUGAGAAACAACUGUGACUCUUCCAUGGAGCUGCAGCAAGGGGAGCCUGUGCUGCUGAGAUGGUCAUGCUCUGUUUUACCGACAAACAAGUAAAAGUUAUUCAAAUCAUCACGACAAGCUAACUGCAAAACGCGACCGAACCUGGGACGUGUUUCAAUACACUAAGAGACUCCAGCUUUGCGUUGAGACCGUUUUUUUUUUAAGCGGACGAC